ACAUGUAAACCAUUCUUUAUAUUCUGAUCAAACUUCAAUCAGCCAUUUCAAGGUCACAUACACCCUCUUAGGUUUAAAAGAAUUACAUAUUUACCCCCUUGAGGUUUGAUUACAAUAAAAAAAAAAUUACCUCAUUUAGCUGUUGAUAACUCAAUUUUUAUGUCUAGCGUUAGUGUUGCUCUUAGAGGAUUGGCUUGUGGAUGAGAGAAACCUCAAGGGAGGUGUGUGUAAUUUUCCAGACUUGAGGGGUCUAGGUGUAAUUUGACAUAACCUUAGGGGAGGUAUGUAUGAUUAAUUAACCCAUUGAUCCUCUUCAAGUAAGUCCCAACUCUGAAGUUGGCUGAUCAAUCUGUUUGAGAGUACUGCAAGAAAAAGAAAUGGAAAACACAGCGAGCCAUUUCAGCCACCCGCACCCAAUGAAUCUCAUCGUCUGCAAACAAACCGUAAAAUUACAUCUUCCAUGUUCGGCAUGCAAUCUCAAUAUUUCUGGAACAAUCUACUGCUGCCAAAUUUGCAAAGACUAUUUCCUCCACAAGAGCUGUUUCGAAAUGCCCGAAAGAAUAACCCACCCUUUUCACAAGCAACACGCUUUAGCACUAAUCACGGAACCUGCGUACGGGGAUCCGCGCUUCAGAUGCGAUGCCUGCGGCGAAAGAGGGAAGGGUUUCUCCUACAGUUGCAAACCCUGCGGCAUCAAUUUGCAUAUGUCGUGCGCAACUAUGCCAUUGUUGGUCACGAACGCCUCUCACGGGACGCACAAGCUGGUUCUUACUUUUGAAUCACCGUACGCUGAGAGUAAGUUUACGUGUGAUAUAUGCAGGAGAAUUGGUUCGCGUCAGUGGCUUUAUAGAUGCGGAUCUUGUCGAUUUGAUGCCCAUCUCAAGUGUGCGGCCGCGGUUGGAGAUUUUCCGGUGGUUCGCCGACUGCCGUCUCAGUCUUCUAGAGAGUGUCGUAACAUCGAGGCUGUGCAGCAAAUGAUUAUCAAAAACAGUAAGGUCAUAGCUCAGGCGAUACUUUCUGAAGGCAGCGGCGGUUCCGGAGAAAACAGAGGAUUUCAUAUGUUGCUUGAACUGAUAUCUGCCCUUAACGAUAGUGGCACUAGCUGCGGCGUUGGCGGCGGUCAAGAUUCUUUGCCAACAGUAAUGGCCGGUGACGGUGGUGGUCGAGAAUAUUCGCAGGCGGUAACACGGGAUAGGGGUGGUGGUUCCUUGCCUAAGAAAUUAACUCACCCUAUUGACAAAAGACACGCUUUAACCCUCUUAGCGAAGCCCGCCUAUGGCAAAGCACGAUUCCGAUGCGAUGCUUGCAGAGAGAGUGGAUAUGGCUACUCAUACCAUUGCCGACUUUGCGGCAUUGAUUUGCAUGUAUCUUGCGCCAUGUUACCGUUAUCCGUCACACAUGACUCGCACGUGCACACUUUAUAUCUUAUUUUUGAAUCACCAUAUUCUAACAAUAAGUUUCCAUGUGAUGUAUGCAUGAGGCGUGGUUCAAAACAGUGGCUUUAUAGGUGCAAACCUUGUGGAUUUAAUGCCCAUCUCAACUGUGCGGCCGGAGAUAUUGUUCCACGCGUCCACAACCAGUCGCGGUCAAACGAGCCGAUGAAGCGGCCACAAGAAGCAGAAAUGGCUCACGGUGUUAGCGGUGGUGGUGAUGGAGAAGAAGAUUAUCAACAAUUACUAUUGGGAGAUGGAAAUGAUACUGAUUUUCUUAGUGGCUUUCUUGGAUGAUGACUUCUCAAUUUCCAUGUGAUUUUUUUACCUCCUUCCUAAUUAGAUGCAAAUUAAAUAAUUUGCUUUUCUUGAUUCAGAUAUCUAUUCCUGGUAUAAAUUCUUUGUUGUUUGUUGAU